AUGAAAGUCUCUACGGUACUCAUCUUACUUGUUCUAGUGGUUGGUCAUGAAUCAGCUCGAACUUCUCAAGUAUAUUGCGGACGUCGGCUUUCUGACGUCCUGGCAGUACUCUGUUGGGAUUCUGAAAUCGUCAAACGUGAUGUUGAGAUGGUGAAACGUUCCGAGUGGCGGAUGCCAAUGGAAAGCGCUCUGGCUCUUGAUGGUGUUCGUGCUGCUGGUUCUGUUUCAGCAGUAAAAUCAAAGAAAUUCUGCGGAUCUGAACUGUCCAACAUAGUGGCAAACUUGUGCUGGAAUGUAGAGAUGGUUAAGCGAGGUACUGGAUGGUGGAUGUCGCCUGGAGGAGGACGAGUGCUUGGAGGGAUGCGUGACAAACGGGCUGAACAAUCCAAGAAAUUCUGCGGUCCUGAUCUUGCCGAGAUAGUAGCGAGAUUGUGCUGGAAUGUAGAGAUGGUGAAGCGUGGUGAUGGAUGGUGGAUGAGGCCAGAAGGAGGACGAGUGCUUGGGGGGAUGCGUGACAAACGGGUAGUAUUACUCUUAGUUGCGUUGGUCAGUGGUUACGUUUCACCUGAAAAAUCCAAGAAAUUUUGUGGUCCUGAACUGUCUAAUAUAGUGGCGAAUUUGUGCUGGAAUGUAGAGAUGGUGAAGCGUGGUGCUGGAUGGUGGAUGCCACCGGCACCUGGGCGUAUGCUUGGAGGGAUGCGCGACAAACGGGGUCUGGUCGACGAGUGCUGCUACAAACCUUGUACUAUUGAUGAACUGCUAACAUACUGCUAA